AUGGCGACAUCGUCCAACCCGCUGGGCCCCGGCCCCCGCUACGGCCUCGGGCGCACCGCACCGCCUCCGCAGCCCGCCGCGCAACCCGGCUUCAGCAGCACACCGGCCUACGCCCCGAACCCCAAGAACGCGCAGCGCCUGGAAGCCGACCGCCUGGAGCGCGAGCGCACCGCCCGCGAAGCCGCCCAGCGCAUCGAAGCGUCAGGCGCGGCCUCGCUCGCCGAGCUGACCGAGGAGCAACGAGAGGAAAUCGGCGAGGCCUUCAACCUGUUUGACCUCGACAAGGACGGCUACAUCGACUACCACGAGCUCAAGGUCGCCAUGAAGGCCCUCGGCUUCGACCUGCCCAAGCAAGAGAUACUCGCCAUCUUGCAGCAACACGGCUCGCCUGCGCCUUCGACCCAGAACCCAAAGCAGCCCUCGCGCCAGCAACAACAGCAGCAGCAGUAUGCGACGCCUGGUCGCCAACUACUCAGUUUCCAGGCUUUCCAGACGCUCAUGGCCCAGCGGAUACUGAGCCGUGAUCCGAGAGACGAGAUUCUAAGGGCCUUUGAACUGUUUGACGAGGGCGGCAAGGGCACAAUUACCCUGCAGGAUCUCACCAGGGUGGCUAGGGAAUUGGGCGAGGCUUUGUCUCACGAUGAGCUCGUGGCCAUGAUUGAGGAGUUUGACAUGGAUAACGACAACGCCAUUAGCAGAGACGAGUUUAUUCAGAUCUGUAUGGGUACUUAG